AUGGCUUCCAGCAGGGUCCCGGUGAGUGUUACUGGCUUGGCUAAUGAAACCCCCAAAAUACCGGACAAUAUGGGAGAUUGGCUUCGGGGCAUCUACCGCUUUGCCACUGAUAGGAAUGACUUCCGGAGGAACUUGAUCCUCAAUUUGGGACUCUUUGCUUCGGGAGUUUGGCUGGCCAGGAACUUGAGUGACAUUGACCUCAUGGCACCUCAGCCAGGGGUGUAGCCAAGUAGA